AUGAAGUUCAUCAUCGCCCUCACUUCUCUCUUGGGCGCCGCCAUGGCAUUCAAGUCCUCCGUCUCCGAAGAACGUACGGCCCGUCUGCGGAACCGGGCUCCAAGGCCCGAGAAGCUCGCAGCCGUGGAGGUGCGAACUCUAGAGUACAGAACCUCGAUCGGUGCCCCUACCGAACAGCGCUCCAAGGCCCUGCUUACGAGAGUACCGGGUCUGCAACGGCGUGGUGUCCCCCAAGCGAGCGAUUUCUUCGAGUGCACAAACCCCAACCCAAGCCCCGCCACCGCCGACUGCAAGGUUAUUGUCGACCAAGUCCUAUCGACCGACGACGAGUUCAUCAUCGCGGCAAACUCGUGCCUCGUCUACUCCUUCGGGACGUGUCAGGCCUUUUUCUGCUCCCUCUGCGAGACUCUGAGCACCACAACCAUCUUCAUUGGCGGCCAGCUCGAUACAGUCGAUGCUUUGUGUGUCGAGAAUGGCCAGGCGGGCACGAUUGUGGGCGAGGAUGCUCCGCAGUGGAAUGCCGGCUUCACCUACGCGGGAGAGGGCUUGCCGACGUUUGAUGUGUGCUGA